AUCGCAUCGAGCAACGUUGUAUCUUGACCAUUGCUCUUACCCACCCACUAUCGCUUCAGAAAGAGUUGCCACUCCCACGCCGCGUAUAACAACGGCGACGGACUCACCCCGCGCCUGCCUCAACCCCCCCGCCCUCCAGCCAGAUUGCGUUGCCAGCCAACAACGCCUACAGUACGACUUCGCAAGGCCGGAAACGUCUCGACUCGGCCAUAACACUCACUCCCCUGCACAACAACACCGUCUACGCCCCUCCGCUCACUACUCGUCGACCAUAGCCGGUACUGCUCGUCGCGCGUGCUCGACGCCAUUGUCGUCACUCGAAAACCUGCCCCCAUCGAUACGGCCACAAUCGCCGACAAUUACCCUGCCUUCCUUGGCUUGGGCAAUCUCGCCUCGGCCUCGCUACUCUUGCUGGAUCAUCGCUGCUGCUUUUGCUGCUGCCCCUUAGUCACUCGACGCCUCGUCAACCUUGCUGGGGAUCGCUCGUCCAACUAGGUGCUGCUACUGCAAGACGACGUCUGGCCAGCCAAAAGUCAAUCUGCCCACCCCAAAGCCAAACCCCCCCUAUAAACUGCCGACUUGUCCCAUUUAGAAAUCGUUGCCGUCAUACAGCCAUUCACUUCGUCCUCCUCCUUCCCUCCUCCUCCUUCUCCUCCUUCCCGCUCUAAUAACGACCUGGCACCUCCCACCAUUUCCUCCCUUCCUCCUCCUCCUCCUCCACCACCACCACCUCCACGUGCGAUUCCCUCGUUUGCAUCACUCGAUCAACUUGCAUCCUCCCAAUCCACAACAAACUUGCCUCUACGCUCCCCAAGCAGCAUUGUUCCUUUGUCAGACCUGGGCGAAUCAUUCUCAACCACAGACUCGUCGUCACCCAUAAGCAGCAAGUUCAGCUUCUCGGCGCUUUCAACCUCGCCGUCGUCGCCCACCAACAGGACAUCCGUCACCUCAGCGUCAUCGUCCGCAUCGGCGCCAAAGAGCAGCGUCCCGUCCGCCCUCGCAGGUCGUCGUUCCUCUGCAACUGCAAUUCAUCACUACCACAGUCAAAAGCACGGCGAAAAGACGUCGCUCCAUCAUCAUCACUUUCAGCCCAAACCAGCCGCUCCAGCAAAGCCGCAUACCGCAUCCGUCAACGCAGCACACUUCGCCGCGACUGCAAGCUUAGACAACACCGCCAAGAGCACCACUUCUACUACAGCUACUGGCCGCUCGCCCCGCACCCGCCGCCAAGACUUUAAAGUCGCCAUCAACAAGCUCGAGAACAUCCGCAUCACCGAUCAAGACUCAAUGUUGUCCAGUUUCAAGCAGAUCCUCCGACAUGGCAAGCAGGCCCACGCUGAGCGUGAACGCCGUGCUGCAAAGGAGCAGGCUGCCCCAGAGGCUCAGUCUGCCCCGGCGGCGGCGGCAGCAGCACCACCAGCCCAGGCUUCAACGUCGCAAUCGGCAGCCCAGGCUCCCGCAGUGACCAAGUCUGAGAAGACCGCUGCCGUUCCUCAACAGCCAAACUACCGCGAGGAGGCCGAGAAGAUUGUCGCAGAGGAGAAGGCACAGGGUGACAGGAUGCCGAAGUACGACGGCCUCGACGACUACACGCUCGUUGAGAAGAUGGGCGACGGUGCAUUCUCCAACGUGUACAAGGCGAUCGACAACCGUAACGGCAAGAAGGUCGCUAUCAAGGUCGUGCGCAAGUACGAGUUGCAUUCGACUCAGAAUGGCAACCGGCACCUGAACCAGAACUUUAAGAAGCGUCCCCGUGUGACCGAGCGCGCCAACAUCCUCAAGGAGGUGCAGAUCAUGCGCGGCAUCGACCACGAGAGCAUUGUCAAGCUGCUCGGCUUCUUUGAGAGUGAAGAGCACUACUUCUUGAUCCUCGAGCUGCUCGAAGGUGGCGAGCUUUUCCACCAGAUUGUCAAGCUCACGUACUUCUCCGAGGAGUUGUCUCGUCACGUCAUUCUGCAGGUCGCCGAGGGCAUUCGCUACCUGCACGAGGUGUGCGGCGUUGUUCAUCGUGACAUCAAGCCGGAGAACCUCCUCUUCGAGCGCAUCCCCGUCGUCCCGUCCAAGCACCCGAUCCAUCGCCCGUACGACGAGGAGAAGGAGGAUGAGGGAGAGUUCACCCCGGGCGUCGGCGGUGGUGGUAUUGGCAAGGUCAAGAUUGCCGACUUUGGACUGUCCAAGAUUGUCUGGGACGAGCAGACGAUGACUCCAUGCGGCACCGUGGGAUACACUGCCCCUGAGAUUGUCAAGGACGAGAGAUAUAGCAAGUCUGUGGACAUGUGGGCUCUUGGCUGUGUCCUGUACACCCUGCUGUGUGGCUUCCCUCCAUUCUACGACGAGAGCAUCAACGUCCUCACAGAAAAGGUCGCCCGUGGCUACUACACGUUCCUUAGCCCGUGGUGGGACGACAUUUCGGCGUCGGCAAAGGACCUCAUCACGCAUCUUCUCUGCGUCGACCCGGCUCAGCGCUACACGAUUGACGAGUUCCUCGCCCACCCUUGGAUCAAGCAGGGCCCCCCAGCUCCUGCCGCGACCACCCGCCCCCCUCCCAUUGCCGGACAGGCGCCCGUCGACUCGCCACUCAUUGCGUCUAUACGCGCGGGCAACCGCGAGGGCAGGUCGCCUGGUGUUGGCCAGCUCAAGGAGGCGUUUGACAUCACGUACGCCGUCCAUCGCAUGGAGGAGGAGGGAGCGAGGCGACGAGCCCACAAUGCUUCGGGCGGCGGAUUCCUCAAUGCGCUCAACGAGGACGACGAGGAGGAAGACGCCCAGGUGCAGCUCGAAGAGGCCAAGAGACGGCACGGCGAGGCUGUUGCGCGCCAGAUCGACGAGCACCGCGCCAGGGCGGCCGCAAACGCUGCGGCGGGCGUCAAGGACCCCGUUGUCACCCACUAUGUGGGCCGUGGUGGCGCCAACCGGCGCGAGGCCGAAUCAGUGUUGUACGAUGGCCGUGCGGGAACGCGCGACCGGGGACGAGGCGCGAAGAAUGUGUUUGAGCUCGACAUCAACAACGCCACGCUUCUGAGCCGCCGGCAAAAGAAGCCCGGAGCAGCGUUCCCGCCUGCAUUGGUGCUGCCUACGGCGACUACGGUGCGGUCGUAGCGAUGGCGCGAUGUCGAGCGCGAUUGAACAAUGAUACGUUUGGUAGCCGCAGAUAGUCAUUUGUGUUAUCAGUAUGCAGUUGGCAGUUGUGUAAA